GCUGUUCAUUCAGCUUGUUGGACCAGGAACUGAGCACACGGUGAGCCGCUAACCAGCAGAAGCACAAUGGGUCGCCUGGAUGGGAAAGUGAUUGUGUUGUCUGCAGCUGCGCAGGGGAUUGGACGUGCUGCCGCAAUAGCAUUUGCAAAAGAAGGAGCUCUGGUCACGGCCACAGACAUAAAUGGAGAGAAGCUGAAGGAGCUGGAUGGUAUUGAAGGGAUUAAGACCAAAGUGGUGGACGUGACUAAGAAGGACCAGGUGGAAGCUCUGGCCAGGGAACACGACCAUGUAGACGUGCUGUUUAACGUCGCUGGAUUUGUGCACCACGGCAACAUCUUGAAUUGCGAAGAGGCCGACUGGGACUUCACCAUGAAUGUGAACGUGCGGAGCAUGUACCUCAUGUGCAGGGCUUUCCUGCCCAAGAUGUUGGCGAAGAAGUCAGGAAACAUUAUUAACAUGUCCUCUGUUGCAUCAAGCCUGAAAGGUGUGGUGAAUCGCUGUGUCUAUAGUGCCUCCAAGGCUGCAGUGAUCGGCCUCACCAAAUCCAUAGCUGCUGAUUUCAUUGAGCAAGGCAUCCGUUGUAACUGCGUUUGUCCUGGGACUGUUGACACUCCAUCUCUGAGGGGUCGGAUCCAAGCCCAGCCUGACCCUGAACAGGCUUUCAAAGAUUUUAUGGCAAGACAGAAAACUGGCCGAAUGUGCACGGCUGAGGAGGUUGCACACCUGUGCGUGUACCUGGCCUCAGACGAGUCAGCGUAUGUGACCGGGACAGAGCAAAUCAUUGAUGGAGGAUGGUCUCUUUGAGCAACCUGUGUGACGUUCAGAAGCUCAUUUUUAAGGCUGUUUUUAGGAGUCCUGCG